AUGGCGGAUGACACGGAGCCUCAGUACAAAGAAGAAGAGGAGGUGAAGGGUGAAGGCGCUGGUGAUGAAGAAGACGAGAUAGCCGCUAUGAAGCGCAAAGUCGCCGAGAUGGAGUCCGAGGCGGCCAAGCUGCGCGAGAUGCAGAAAAACCUCGAACCUGCUGCGGAAGGCGGCCUACGCGAAGACCGAGAAGAUGUGGAUGCGCGCAGUAUCUUCGUCGGCAACGUUGACUACGGCGCCACUCCUGAAGAGAUUCAAGCACACUUUGCGACCGGUGCAGGCACCAUCAAUCGGGUCACCAUCCUGCUCGACAAGUUCACCGGUCAUCCCAAGGGGUAUGCAUAUGUGGAAUUCACCGACCCAAGUCUGGUUGCACAGGCUCUCGUGCUCAAUGAGAGUACCUUCCGAGGCCGCGCCCUCAAGGUCGUGCCCAAGCGAACCAACUUGCCUGGCAUGGCACGAGGUGGCCGAGGAGGUCGCGGCGCUCCCCGCGGCGGCGGCGGCGGUGGUGGCCGUGGUGGAGGUUAUGGUCGCGGGGGGUAUGGUGGCGGCGGCAGUGGAUACGGAGGUGGGUUUGGGGGUGGCUCCCAUGCACCAAGAGCUGGCUACCGCGGUGGCUUUAGGGGUGGAAGAGGCGGGCGAGGUUAUGCGCCAUAUUGA